CCCGCCUCACGUGCGUGCGACUGUGCGGGACUCUGUUUCUCUUCAGAGCGGUCUGUAAGCUUGGCCAUGCGUGCUUGUCUGUCGCGAGCACCCGCAGCAUCAGCAACACAAAGAGGGUCGAAGAGCUGUAGAUUGGAGAUACAAGGCGCCGCGCCCGCAACUUCAAGGCGGAUUUGCGGGGAAACAAGAUCACUUAAAAGCCACAGAGUGAGGAAGCAGCAGCAGCAGCAACACCGCUGGCCUGGGUAAAACAGACAGGCAUUGUGCAGAAGGGCAGACCGAUGUUUCCUAAGGUUUUUCUGCAGUGGUGCGCAGCCCUGUCAAGUUGUGCCGCUAAAAUAGGUCUGGAGCAACAAAGUGCUUCCCUUCUGAGUUAACACAUUAUCCACAGCUGCAGUAAGGGAAGGAGAGGAGGAGGAGAGAGCCAGAGGGAGAGAAUACUGUGACUACAAGGUGUGCCGAUACCAUGGCUACGGACGCCAGAGAAACUCAUUUAGAGGUAACCGUAUCCGAAAGCCCAGAUAGGCGAGGGCAGGGCAAAUUCCAGCCAUUCCGACGCCUGUUUGGGAAGAGGAAGAAGAGGGAGGCAGCGGAGAGGGGCUUUGAUGCAGUAGAGCUGAAGGCUAGCUUCUCCACAGGGGAAGUGUGCAACGGAGUAGUCUCAGAUGAUGAGGAGACCAAUCAACAUCUGAGAGAGCUGAACCCCAUUGGGUCCCGAGCCCUCUCCCACGACAGUGUGUUUAUCCCAGAGGAAGCAGUACAGGAGCCCAGCCCAGAACAUACCAUGUCCCAGGAAAACGUCUCCGAUAAAGUCAGGAAUCUGCAGAGGCAGAUAGCACAGAAUAUCAAGUUUGGCCAGAGGCCCCCCUCUCUGAGGAAGAGUGAGGGAGACGAGGGCAGCUCAGAUGAAGAGGAGGUACCCAGGAGCCCCCUGAAGGUCUUAGCCCAGGUGGAGGCUGAACCAGUGGACACAGAGCCAAAGGGGGCCAGCCAGAGCCAAGGGCCCAGCCAGAGCCAAGGAGCUCCCCAGGCCGGGACUCCCAGUACUCCAGUGAAAUCUCCUAGGUCCAAACGAGUUCUUCCAGCCACCGGCACCAUCGAGUCCAUCGACCUGGACGGAGUCCCACAGUCUGUCCCUAGACUGGACAACACCGCUGCCAAGCAUAAGCUGUCUGUCAAACCCAAAAACCAGAGGAUCUCCCGCAAGCACCGCCGAUUCACACAGGAUUUGCAAGAGGUGGAUAUCCCUGGCAUACUGCAGGAGGAGACAGACGCAGCCGACGUCCAAUACAGGACCGCUGAGGAAGAGACACCCCCAGAGAAAACCAAGAAGCAGAAACUGCAGGAGGACGAGAGACAGGAGUCCAGGAGGAAUAGAGAGCUGGCAGAACAAAGGCACAGAGAGGAAGAAGAGGAUAGGAAGAAGAAAGCAGAGGAGUGGAGGAUGCGUGAGUUAGAAGAGGAGAGAUGUCGCCAACAAGAGGAGGAACUUAUACGUAAAGAUGAGGAGGAAAGGAGGCAGAGAGAGGAGAUGGAGAGGAGGAUGAAAGAAGAAGAGGAAAGGAGGAUUAGGGAGGAGGAGGAAACUAGGCAGAGAGAGCUGGAGGAGAUGAGAAUUAGAGAGGAAGAAGAGAGGAUGCAGAGAGAAGAAGAGAGAAGGAUGAGGGAGGAAUUGGAGCUUAUGCAGCAAGAGGAGGAGGAGAGGACACUGGAGGAAGAGAAAAGGAAGAAAGAGGAAGAGGAAAGAAGGACGAAAGAGGAAGAGGAGAGGAAGCAGCGCGAACUGGAGGCAGAGUGUCUCCGUGUAGAGGAGGAAAAGAGACUGAAAGAGGCAGAAGAAGAGGAGGAAAGGAAGAAAAAGCAGGUGGAAGAAAAGAGAAAACUGCUUGCAGAGGAGGAGGAGGAGAAAAGACUGUGUGCAGAAGUGGCUGCGAGCAGCUCUGACCCUGAGAGGAAGAGGAGGGCGGAGGAGGUGCGCUGGAGAGAGAUGGAGGAGAGACAGAGGCCGUUCACCUUCAAAGUGUCCUCUGGGGAGAAGCAGAUCCUGUUCCAGAAGGUCAAUCUGACGCCUGUUACGCCGGCCUCCAGCCAGCAGAGGGGCACUGUGGCUGAACAUAGAGAGGGAGCCAAGGCCUCGUCCCCUGGAGGAGCUGACUCCCCCACCCUCCCGUCCUCUCAGUAUGUCCCCCACACAGCCAUCCUGGUGACGGGUGCCCAGCUCUGUGGGACUGCUGUCAACCUGGACCAUAUCAAAGAAACCGCUUGUAAGUCUCUCCUGGGUCUGGCUGAUGAAAAGAAAGCUGCCAUGGGCACCCCACCAUCAACCAAGAGCAAGACAUCACCAGACCGCAAGUCUGGGAAAACCAAAUCCCUCAGCGAGUCCACAGACCAGUCCAGUGCAGCCGUCCUUGCAGAGUGGGCCAGUAUCCGCUCCAAGAUAUUCAAGGGGGCGGAGGAGGGGAAGUAUGAGGAAUACCCACACCCCCAGAGCCAGAGCCGACCCAGCAGUGAGGACCAGAGUCCGUUCCCCCAUAGCAACCUCAGGAAGACCAUGUCCGCCAGCGCCAAGUUCUCCAUCACCCCGGCCAGGAAGAAGUUUGCCGACUCCAACAGGAACUCUGAGGUGUUGAGUCCGGAAGAGAAGGAAGGAGGAAGGCCAGCGUUUGCUCUCUCCGACACCUUCUUCAGCACCUCUGUUCCCCCUGCAGCUUCACCGGCCCCAGGCAGCAAGGCCCAGAGCCGGGGCGGUAAGACUGUCCGGAUUGCAGACGGAACAGGGGAGUGCAUGUUUGCCAAAGACCUCCCAUCUUUCAUAGUCCCCAGCUCUUCCCAGGGCUCCCCCAGACCCGAGGGCUCUGAGACAGAUUCUGGGAGCCUGGGAGGAGAAUCAGAGGACUUUGAUGGCCGGGAGGAGGGGGAGGAGAAGGGCCAGCCAUCUCCGUUUGGGAUCAAGCUGAGGAGGACCAACUACUCUCUCCGCUUCCACAGUGAUCAGUCGACAGACAAGAGGAAGAAGAGGUACAGUGCCGGCGACAGCUUCGACGGGGUCCCCUCACCUCUGACCCCCAUUGACCCUGACUCUGACGCCUCAGUGUUCUCUAAUAGGUCCAGCCCUUCGUCUCCACUCAGAGAGAGCAUUACUGGGGUCAAGCCUGGACAUGUGAUUGUAUCUCUUCCAGAGCCACGGGCCAAAGCAGGCAAGUCUCCCACCCCUUCCAUGCACAGCGAGGGGGAGAAGCUGCUGUCCAAACCCUCACUCUACCAGAGACCCAGCACAUCCCCUAAACCUGCAACCCCUCCCCCCUCUCCGCUCCCCAAAGUGGGCAGAGGGAGUCCCAGUGACGUAGUGGUCCAGAGGAGCUGGGUGGGGGCUGAUUCAGUUGGCCAUGAGGAGCGAGGUGAGAGGAGGAGGGAGGAGACAUCAGCUGUGGCCCAGCUCCACAGGAACGGCCAGGGACAGAGCCAGGGCCAGGGGGAGGAGGAGCCCAAGGAGAAGAGGUCCUUCUUCCCCUCCAUCAGUAUCCCCUGGAGGGAGAAGGCUGACAGGAAGACGGAGCUCAUCAGGAGAGAGGGGAAGCCAUCACUACAGAGCAGGCACUCGUUGGACAGUGCGCGGGUCCAGGACAAGGAGUUGGGUCCUCUGUGGAUCACGCUGGCGUUGCAGAAACAGAAAGGCUUCAGGGAGCAGCAGCAGAGCCGAGACCAACGCCGCAGCCACAGAGAGGCCAAACUGCCUGACAAACAAGCCAAGGACAAAGACAGCGGUGUGUUGCUUAGUCCUAUGGAGGGUAAGGGGAGUGGAAACACCAGCCCUCCCAAACCACAAACACCAGAGGAGGCCAAGAGACCAGACACCCUCCUGGGCCGCUUAGAGCGCCGGGACCUCCUGAAGAAAGCCAACACCCUGCCCAGCUCUGUCACAGUUGAGAUUGCAGACUCCACUCCAUCACCCCCUGCAGUGAAGGAGUUGACCAAGCGCUUCCUGUCCAAUGACUCUCCCCAGGUGUCCACUGAGCCGGCCUGGCUGGCUCUGGCCAAGCGCAAGGCUAAAGCCUGGAGUGACUGCCCUCAGAUCAUCAAAUAACCUCCUCUCUAACCUCUACACUGCAUCAGUACUGUACACACACACUGCCCAUGAACUAUGACCCCUGUCCCAAACCAACCCCUGACCUCUCUGCUCUGCACCUGAUCUGUCCCUGCAUUCUAACCUCAGCCCCCAGACCAAGUCAUUCUCCUCCCAUGCCACAAUAACCAUGCACUUGUAUGAUUGUCAAAAGUGUUUCACAUUCAUAAUAUAAAUAUAAUCACACAUUUACAAACAUGAACACUCAGUUCAAGCAUGCACUUAUACGAACACAUGAACACAAACUCAAUUUUUUUUCAAGAUUACCUGGCUGUAUACUAUCAACUAUAUAAUAUCUUCCAACAAGUCAAAAGAUCCUACAGCAGCCAAUCAUGGCCAUUGCAAUUGCCAAUCCCAACCCUUCCUUCCCUUCAGUAGCCAAUCAAAGCACCACAGCUGUAAAUAGAUCAUGCACUAAACAUAAUACAAGAUAAAAAUGCUAUGUAGUGGAAAGCUGAGUCCCACAGGUCUGAAAAAUGAUAUAGAUUCUUCAUUCAAGGGUACUUUGGGAAGAGUGUUUUAAGGGCUACCAGUAGCCAAUAACCCAACAUGACAGAUGAUCAAAAAUAUUUCAUUAUCUCGUGGGGAUUAUUUCAAGCACUGGUUUUAACAAUGUUGAAACAAUAUAUUUGUCAUCUCUGAGCCUUGUCUGCGAUGUACAGAAGAAGCUUCUUUUUUACUUGUAUUCAAAAGCAGUACUUAGUGUAUAACUAUUCUCACUGUGUCCGUGAUGACUGUGACAGCUGUCAAAGAUGCUAUAUUGUAAAAAAUACAUUGCCAUGACAAAGUUGUUUGAAUCUCACCGCAGUUUGUAAAAUAACACUAGAUCUGUCAUAAUCAAAUGUCGACUGCACUGAAACACAUCAUUAAAGACCAGUGUCAGGCGGUUGUGAAUUGCACAGUAUUCUUACCACUCUAAUUGUGUCCUGUAUUUUGCUUUGCUAUGGAAAGAGAAACUACCUGCUGUAACAUACAUUCUCCCUUGUGCUCGAGUCACCACUAAUGUGAUGAUCUAUAAUAAGGCCUUUACAUUCUCCUCCAGCAUUUGGAAAGUCACAUUCUGUGAAUCCCAUCUUGGGAUAAGCUAAAGCUAUAUCACAUCCUCUUCAUUUUCCUCAAUGUCAUGUGAACCAACCAGCCUUGCUCUGAGAACAUCUGCUGGGCUGUCUGUUGAUGACGGACAUCCUAUGGAUAUUUCUCCCAUCACUACCUUGCUCUCUACUCAAUGUAAAGAGCUGUAUGUAUGUUGUUCGAGGCGGUUUUACCAGGACGUUGGUCAAAAAGAGGCCCCUAAGGCUCAGUCACUUUGGCAUUUUUGUUUAACUUUGGUUGUGUGCAAUAGUGUAGUGUACACAGUGUUGUAUGUAACAAAAUUGUUUGGUAAUAAUUGCACUUUUUUGUCCCACUUAAAGGGUAUUCAUGAGAACAUCUUAAAGAGACGCAAAUGUUAUGAAUUAAAUACUGUCUGAACUCAAA